UCCCGAGUUCCUGUCGGCUUCCCUCCCCGAGCCCCUCGCUCCGCGGCGGCGGCGGCAGAGCCUCAGCCCUUCGAACCCCCUCGCCGUCCUCCCGAGUCCUCCCGUGUCGCCGGCUCAGCUCCGUGGCGGCGGCGGCGGCGUCGCCGUCGUCGUCCCCAGUCUCCUCCCUCCCUCCCUCCAUGUCUCCCUGUCCCUUCCGCCCGUCCCCUGCCCGCCUCGGCCGUCCUCGGCACAGGCCCGAGGGAGUGCCCGCUCUUCCGGUGUGUCCCUGGUUCCGCGUUUCUAAGGGACCCCGGCCCGGCGGGGACCAGGGGGGGCUCGGAGGCCGUGGGGACCGCGCACAGUUGGCUGGGCUGCGCACAGUAGGCCUCGGGGAGCACUGCUCCCCGUCUUGUAUGCCUCGCUGGCUGAAUUCGUGUGCGAUAACCCGGGUCUGUCCCUUCAGGAAGGAGAAGUGCACAGUUUUUUUUUUUUUUUUUUACAGCGGGCAAAGUGAUGGGGAACAUGUCACCCGCACCGUCGCCUCCCCUCAGCCUGGAGCUUAGUGGGGGCCCCUCCUCCAGCGCGAGGAGGAGGAGGAGGAAACAGGCAUCCAUUGCCACAGCAUUCUUUUGAGAUGGGAUGGGGGUCAUCGGGUGGAGAGGCACAGAGCUCGGCUGUACGAGCCAGGGUUUAGUGUCAGUCUUGGGAGAUACCUGCCCUGGAGUCCCAGCGUUUGUGGUCCCGAAGCAGCCCUGGGCGGUUUGUGCAGUCAAGCUGGCUGGGAAAGGACCCUGCUUGGGCUCUGGGAAGGCGGUGCCUGUCUGGGACGCAAUGGAAGAUGGCGUUUUGGCGUUGCACGAUGAUGACAUUGAUGAUGACUGUCAGAUGCCAAGUUUCCACAAAUGUGAAAUCUGUUUGCUGUCUUUUCCAAAAGAGUCACAGUUUCAGCGUCACAUGAGGGAGCAUGAGCAAAACGACAAGCCACACCGAUGUGACCAGUGUCCCCAAACAUUUAAUGUUGAGUUCAACCUGACACUUCAUAAGUGUACACAUAAUGCAGAAGAUCCUGUCUGUCCUGUGUGCAACAAGCGUUUCUCCCGAGUGGCCAGUCUCAAAGCACAUAUUAUGCUCCAUGAAAAGGAAGAGAACCUCAUUUGCUCUGAGUGUGGGGAUGAGUUCACGCUGCACAGCCAGCUGGCCAUACACAUGGAGGAGCACCGGCAGGAGCUGGCAAACAACCGAGCCCACACCUGCAAGGCCUGUAAGGAGGAGUUCGAGACGACGCCCGAGCUGAAGGAGCACAUGAAGACUCACUGUAAAGUUAGGGCAUCAGGUACAAGAUCUUACAAUCGGAACGUUGACAGGAGCAGCUUCACAUACUCGUGCCCACACUGUGGAAAGACAUUUCAAAAGCCCAGUCAGUUAACGCGACACAUAAGGAUACACACAGGUGAAAGGCCGUUUAAAUGCAGUGAGUGUGGAAAAGCUUUUAACCAGAAGGGGGCCUUGCAGACCCACAUGAUCAAGCACACAGGAGAAAAGCCGCACGCCUGUGCCUUUUGUCCUGCCGCCUUUUCUCAGAAGGGGAACCUGCAGUCCCACGUGCAGAGGGUCCACUCAGAGGUAAAAAAUGGGCCUACUUAUAACUGUACAGAAUGUAGCUGCAUUUUUAAAAGUUUAGGUAGCUUAAACACUCAUAUCAGCAAGAUGCACAUGGGUGGACCCUCGAAUUCCACAAGUUCUUCAGAGACUGCGCAUGUUAUAACGGCCACGAUCUUUCAGACUUUGCCUCUGCAGCAGGUGGAAGCCCAGGUCUCAUCAGUCUCUAGUCAGCAGAAUUCUCAGGCAGUGACUGAUGUCAUUCAGCAGCUUCUGGAACUGUCUGAGCCGGGGCCGGUAGAGGCACAGCAGUCCCCACAGUCUGGGCGGCAACUGAGUGUGACAGUGGGCAUCAACCAGGACAUCCUCCAGCAAGCCUUAGAAAACAGUGGGCUGUCUUCACUUCCAGUUGCAGCUCCUCCCAGCGACUGCAGCCAUGCUCAGCCGUCCACGGGCUCUCCUCAGAGUCCACAUGCCUCUAGUGUCUGUGCUGAGCAAGCUGAUUCCAUGGAUGCUGAGCAGGAAAAGGGACAGGAAAGCCCUGAGAAGAUGGAUAAGAAAGAGAAAAAAAUUAUGAAGAAGAAGUCACCGUUUCUACCUGGCUCCAUUCGGGAGGAGAACGGGGUACGGUGGCACGUGUGUCCCUACUGCACAAAGGAGUUCCGGAAGCCCAGUGACCUUGUGCGCCACAUUCGCAUCCACACCCAUGAGAAGCCCUUCAAGUGUCCACAGUGUUUCCGGGCCUUUGCCGUGAAGAGCACACUGACUGCUCACAUCAAAACUCACACUGGCAUCAAGGCCUUCAAGUGCCAGUAUUGCAUGAAGAGCUUUUCCACCUCAGGGAGCCUCAAGGUGCACAUCCGCCUCCACACAGGAGUUAGACCUUUUGCUUGUCCUCACUGUGAUAAAAAAUUCCGAACCUCAGGCCAUAGGAAGACUCACAUAGCCUCCCACUUUAAACACACGGAGCUGAGGAAGAUGAGGCACCAGCGCAAGCCUUCGAAGGUCCGGGUCGGCAGGAGCAGUGUUCCCGUCCCCGACAUCCCUCUGCAAGAGCCGAUUCUCAUAACUGACUUAGGUCUUAUCCAGCCCAUUCCAAAAAACCAAUUUUUCCAAAAUUAUUUUAAUAAUAAUUAUGGCAAUGAAGCAGACAGACCAUACAAAUGUUUUUACUGUCAUCGAGCAUACAAGAAGUCUUGCCAUCUCAAACAGCACAUCAGAUCACAUACGGGUGAGAAACCUUUCAAAUGUUCUCAGUGUGGUAGAGGCUUCGUCUCUGCAGGAGUGCUCAAAGCACAUGUCCGGACACACACGGGCCUGAAAUCCUUCAAGUGUCUGAUCUGCAAUGGAGCCUUCACCACAGGGGGCAGCUUGCGGAGACACAUGGGCAUACAUAAUGACCUCCGCCCCUAUAUGUGUCCCUAUUGCCAGAAGACAUUCAAGACUUCCCUAAACUGCAAAAAACACAUGAAAACCCACAGAUAUGAACUAGCCCAGCAGCUCCAGCAGCAUCAGGAGGCUUCCUCCAUAGACGACAGCACUGUGGACCAGCAGAGCUUGCAAGUGUCAGUCCCCCUGCCUGUGGAGAUCGAGGGUGCAGAACUGCAGCAGACCCCGGAGACAGUGGCAGCAGACCCUGAGGCGAUUCUAGAACUGGGGCCACAGCAUGUGGUAGGCACAGAAGAUGCGGAGCUUGGACAGCAGUUGGCAGAUGAGCCUUUGGGAGCCGAGGAAGAUGGGUUUGCAGCUUCCCAGGAUCCUCUCCCAGGGCCCAUGGACCAGUUUGAAGAGCAGACUACUCCACAGCAGCCUUUUGAGUCUGCAGGGCUUUCACAAGGUUUCGCAGUGACUGACACGUACAAUCAACAGACCCCAUUUCCACCUGUGCAGCAGCUGCAGGAUUCUAGCACACUUGAGUCCCAGGCCUUGUCUACGAGUUUCCACCAGCAAAACUUACUGCAGGUCCCAAGCUCUGACGCCAUCAGUGUGGCAGCUCGUUUGCUUCCAGAGUCAUCUCAAGAGGAUCUAGACCUACAAACACAACGUCCACAGUUCCUGGAGGAUAGCGAGGACCAGAGCAGGCGCUCUUACAGAUGUGACUAUUGCAACAAAGGCUUCAAGAAGUCCAGCCACUUGAAGCAGCAUGUGCGUUCACACACAGGGGAGAAACCUUACAAGUGCAAGCUCUGUGGGCGUGGCUUUGUCUCUUCUGGGGUCCUCAAGUCUCAUGAGAAGACACACACAGGAGUCAAGGCAUUCAGCUGCAGCCUCUGCAAUGCCUCCUUCACCACCAACGGCAGCCUCACGCGGCACAUGGCCACACAUAUGAGCCUGAAGCCUUACAAGUGUCCCUUCUGCGAAGAGGGCUUUCGGACCGCAAUUCACUGUAAAAAGCACAUGAAGAGACACCAGGCCGUCCCUUCUGCAACCUCCACAGCUGCAGAGACAGAGGGAGGAGACACAUGUGUGGAGGAAGAGGAAGACACUUCUGACAGGAGUGCAUCAAGAAAGCCUCGGCCUGAGGUCAUUACUUUCACAGAAGAGGAGACAGCCCAGCUGGCCAAAAUUCAGCCCCAGGAGAGUGCUACAGUGUCUGAGAAGGUCCUGGUGCAGUCGGCUGCAGAAAAGGACCGAAUCAGUGAGAUGAAGGAUAAGCAAGCAGAGCUUGAGGCCGAACCCAAGCACGCCAACUGCUGCACAUACUGUCCUAAGAGCUUCAAGAAGCCCAGCGACCUGGUGAGGCAUGUUCGAAUCCAUACUGGAGAAAAGCCGUAUAAGUGUGACGAGUGUGGGAAGAGCUUCACUGUGAAGUCGACUUUAGACUGUCAUGUGAAGACGCACACCGGCCAGAAGCUGUUCAGCUGUCAUGUCUGCAGCAACGCCUUCUCCACGAAAGGAAGUCUGAAGGUGCAUAUGCGCCUGCACACGGGAGCGAAGCCCUUCAAGUGUCCUCACUGUGAGCUGCGCUUCCGCACUUCUGGCCGGAGGAAGACUCACAUGCAGUUCCACUACAAGUCGGACCCAAAGAAAGCCAGGAAGCCUGUGACCCGGAGCUCAUCAGAAAGUCUCCAGUCUGUGAACCUCCUCAACUCCUCUCCCCCUGACCCCAAUGUGUUCAUCAUGAACAACUCGGUUCUGACGGGGCAGUUUGAGCAGAGUGUGCUGCAGCCAGGGCUCGUGGGUCAAGCUAUCCUUCCCGCCUCUGUUUCAGCUGGUGGGGACUUGACAGUGUCUCUGACUGAUGGGAGUUUGGCCACCCUGGAAGGUAUCCAGUUACAGCUGGCUGCUAAUUUGGUUGGCCCAAAUGUGCAGAUUUCUGGACUCGAUCCCUCCAGCAUCAACAACAUCACGUUGCAGAUUGACCCGGGCAUCCUGCAGCAGACCCUGCAGCAGGGCAGCCUGCUUGCUCAGCCUGUCCCGGCGGAGUCUGGCGCAGGCUCACAGAACGCCUCUGCGCAGGCGUCGGACAGCUCUGUCCCCGCCAGUGUCGUCAUCCAGCCCAUCUCAGGCCUGUCCUUACAGCCCACAGUGACGUCUGCCAACCUCACCAUUGGCCCGCUCUCUGAGCAGGAUUCUGUGCUGACCACCACCAGCAGCGGGACACAGGACCUCACUCAAGUGAUGACUUCACAAGGCCUUGUGUCCACUUCGACUGGCCCCCACGAGAUCACCCUGACCAUCAACAACUCAAGUCUCAGCCAGGUCCUUGCCCAGGCUGCUGGCCCUGCCGCCACAUCGUCCUCGGGCUCUCCGCAGGAGAUCACGCUGACAAUCUCUGAACUUAAUCCUACAAGUGGGAGCCUCCCUUCAACAACACCGAUGUCACCAUCAGCCAUUUCAACCCAGAACCUGGUCAUGUCUUCAUCAGGUGUGGGUGGUGACGCCAGUGUCACACUGACGCUGGCUGAUACUCAGGGCAUGCUGUCUGGAGGUCUGGACACGGUUACAUUGAACAUCACCUCUCAGGGCCAGCAAUUCCCAGCGUUGCUCACGGAUCCCUCUCUCUCAGGCCAAGGUGGAGCAGGCUCACCACAAGUCAUAUUAGUGAGCCACACUCCACAGUCCUCAUCCGCUGCUGGUGAAGAAAUAGCUUACCAGGUGACUGACGUCUCUGCCCAGCUGACCCCCAACAGCCAGCCUGAAAAGGAGGGCCCCUCACACCAGUGCCUGGACUGCGAGCGCGCCUUCUCCUCAGCCGCCGUGCUCAUGCACCACAGCAAGGAGGUGCACGGGAAGGAGCGCAUCCACGGCUGCCGCGUCUGCAGGAAGGCCUUCAAGCGGGCCACACACCUCAAGGAGCACAUGCUGACACACCAGGCUGGCCCCUCGCUCAGCUCUCAGAAGCCCAGGGUAUUCAAAUGUGACACCUGCGAAAAGGCCUUUGCGAAACCCAGCCAGCUGGAACGGCACAGCCGCAUCCACACAGGGGAGCGGCCGUUCCACUGCACUCUGUGUGAGAAAGCCUUCAACCAGAAGAGCGCGCUGCAGGUGCACAUGAAGAAGCACACUGGCGAGCGGCCCUACCGGUGUGACUACUGUGUCAUGGGCUUCACGCAGAAGAGCAACAUGAAGCUGCACAUGAAGCGCGCGCACAGCUUUGUGGCAACCUUGCAGGCAGCCGCUGUGGUCCAGGAGCAGGAUGGGGAAGAGCUAAGGACCCUCCACUUAGAGGAAGUGGUGCAGGAGGCAGCGGGCGAGUGGCAGACCCUAACUAAUGUCUUCUGAUGCCAUGGAAGAAGGCUGAGAGCAUCCAUGAAGCUACAUUUGUGAAGAUUAGAUCACUCAGAGUUUCUGUUUUAAAACUUGGUGUUAAAAAUCUACCACAAUAGUUUUUUAACUAAAAUUAUUUGAAGAAUCAUUGUCAUUCAAGGACUAAUAGGAAAAAUGCAAGCGCACUGUUUUCAUUGGUCUACAAAUCACAGAACCCGAGCACUACCGUGGGCACUUUGACCUCCUCGUGGCCAGGGUAUGUCCUUAGCAGAUGACCUGGAUCUGACUAUCCUUGCAGUGGGAUUGGUGUUAGCAAAAGACAAGAUGGGAAAACACACGCACGGUAGUUCAUGAAGUUCAGAAGCGGUGCCAUCUCCCACGGAUGUUUUUCCACUUUUACUCUGCGGUUUACUAAUUAGUAGCAGUCAGUUCUUUUCAGUACACUCAGUUCAUGUAACUGAUGCCUUGAGAGGUGGCUGGACCAGCUCUCUCUCCAUCACAGACACCUAAUCCCUAGUUAGAAGAACACAAGAUCUGGCGACAGCAGGGCCACGGAGAAAAUGUGACCGCAGGCAAGGACCAGCUGCUCACAUGGAUGUCCACACGCUUGCUGCAUGAAUCUGUUCAGUCACGUGUAUUAGGUCAUUGCAGAAGCACAAGCCAUACCCUGUGAGCAGGGAGUGACAGUUGUCUCCUAAGGGACAGGAAGCUGUCCCUGUCCACCUCAGUAGAUGACCUGUGUUUUAAGGCUAAGGACCCACACCCUGCGACUUCUCUCCUCAUGCGUAUGGAGGUGUGCCGUCACUUCAGGGGGUCCUUCAGUGUCAGCAGUGCUACCUGAGACAUGUCCCAAACCAAAUCCUCCUGCGCCGAGCAGUGCGUGCGCCUCAGCAUUCCAAAGACAGUAGGUCCCCACUUCCUGUCAGUUCCCUGGAAACUAUUUAUAUGUUCGAUAUGUGAAUACCUGUGUACAUAGACAGAUCUAUGGGCCUCCGUGUGGCUGAGAAGUAUAGUUUGUAAAUAGAAGCACUAGUCCUCGUCACAGAGCGCAUCUGAGGCCACUCCCUGGUGCACUUCAGACCGGUGUCGUGUUCAUUCUGUUAAUAAAUGGAUAUCUUUCUCAUUGUAACAUAAAGCUGGGCUCUAUUUUUUUUCUGAAAAAAAAAUUGCCUUUAUUUUCUCUCAUUGCCUCCUUGGUUUCAGAAGAGAGCAGUUUUAUUAUAAAUAUUAUGUGGACUUGUUCAUUAAGAGUCCUGAAGAGAGACAUUUCACUGUUAUUUUAAAAGGGCAUCUUUGAUUUUGUUCAUUUUGUCGUCUGUAUAUAAGUAAUAUUGACAGUGACAUAAAAACUUUUGUUAUGUGAAAAUAUUUAAGUCAGAGAAUUGUUAAAUAUUGUUACUUUUUUCCAAACUGAUUUGUGUAUUGUAUAUUUUUUUAAGAAGAAAAAAGCCUUACUUGACUCCUUGUAAUACUGGACUUAAGACCCCCAGGCUCCCUGAAUGUCAGUGUGUACACCCGGCUAAGGUAGUGUUUUCAGAAGAGUUGUAAUCGUGAGAGAGUUUUAAAGUCUCUGCUGUUAAUGCACUUUUUCUUUAAUUUUUUAUUAAAGUAUUUUAGAAAUAUUAAUUUUAAUGAACAGAUACCCCCAAAUUGAAAUGAUUGGAUUUAAAUUGUUUUGUUCUUGCUGGGUUAUUUAUUUUCCUUUCAGCAUUAACUGUCAUCUCAGGACAUGUGUACAGAGGUUGGCUACUUCCUGAUUGUGUGGUGAAUGCUGGCACUGACUGGCAGUCACCUGUGUGAGGAAGACUUGACCAGGGGAAUCGGAAGCCUGCUUUUGUUUGGGUUAAAGAAAAGAAAAUCUACCAGUAAUCAAUUUUUGUUUUUUGUUUUUUCUCAAUUUACUAGCAAACAAACAUGACAUACAUGUAUUUUGAUUUACUUUCUUACCAUCAAAGCUGCUUCUUUGCCAACAUUCCUUGAAAAUACAAGGUUUCGAGAAGAUAACUCACUUGAAAAUUGUGGUUUACAGGUCGAUCUCUGUAUUUUAAUGUUUAAAAUACUGUUUUAGGAAGGUGAUUUCUAGCCUCAUGUAUAACCAGGGUUUGGAGGAUAGAGAACUGUAUUUUUAGAACUCACUCUAUAUAACAUAUCUGUUUUGAAAUAACUAAAUGCAAAAUGACAUUAGGAAAUGUGCUGUAUGUGUUUUGUUUGUUUUUAAAUCAUGUUUCAGAAUCACUAGUUGGGUGGGAAAUAAAUUUCAGGUAUUUUUAGUAGAAAAAAACAAAACAAAACUGUAAUGCUAUUUCUUUGAACUGUGUGAAGUCCAGAGAGUGCGUAUCCUCUGCUGUCUCCCUGAAGGCUGACAGGCGGAUAUGGCCCUUGACAACAAAUCCUGUGUCGGGUGCAAUCUUGUGGGUGCCGCUUGCGCCUUCAGUACUGUGGAGCCACUUGGUCCCUGGAGCAGGCUCCUGGUUGGUAGAAGAACAGCAGCAUAUCUCUGAAGGCAGGAUGCAGCUAAUCAUGAGUACAGCUGAGGAGGCUGAGGGAACAGGAGAAUCUGGCAUGGACAGACCGUUCAGUAGGCCCUAGAUCAAAGUGGACACGUGAUGUUAACAGGAGUGCUUCUCACAUCCAUCAAGCUCUCCUGGGGCGCUUGUCAGUGCUGGGGUGCUUAUGUAGCAGCACAAAGAAAUCAGGGAGGGGAGAAGCAUGCCGUAGGAGGCCAGAGAGGCUCCUCAGAAAUUGCUUCCAUAGCAAGGUGCCAAUACAGUGGGCCGUGUGCACCAGAAAAUGUGUGUUGCUUUGUAUACCCUCUACACCAUUUAAAAAAAACCUUGAGUUCUGUUCCUCCAAAUUCUCAGGAGCACCAUGAAUUGAACACAUCUGUGUAGUCUAGAUUUGAGAGAGAUUUAGUUCUUCCUGUGGGCCCUCUUUUGAGAAGUGUAUUCACUCACUAAGACUCAGGUUCCAACCUAAAUGACACCACACAGAUGUAUGUAAGUAGCAUUUUAUAAGGAAUGAUGUAUCUGUAGGCCUGCUCUCGGGUUGAGGGAUAGCUCAUGCCUCCUUGCAUAAGGUUUUCUCCAUACCUUAUUUCAAAAUCCAUACUUUGCCCUUCCUUCCAAGCCCCCAUCAACAGUGACUCCAGGGCCUGGUGCUGCUGACUCAUGAAUCUUAUGCACAGUGAGAUUGGUCCAUAGUCCAUUCUUUUUUUUGCACUUGGUUUAUAUUCAUGUGAUGUGGGUAAAAUUCAUGUAAUUGAGAGGAAAGUCUCAAGUGGGCUCUGAUUGCAAACACUUGUAAUCUCAACAUUUGUAAUCUCAACACUUGGGAAAUGGAGACAGGAAGGUCAGAACCUCAAAGUCAGCCUCUCCUACAUAGCAAGUUCCAGGCCAGCCUGGCUACUUGAGACUGUCUCAAAACAAUAAAACCAAAAACCAAGUAAAGUAUUUCAAAGUAGCUACCCACGAGAGCCCAAUUUAGUGUCACUUAAUCUGUUUGUUUGUUUUUUUUUUUUUUUUAUCUUAUUUUAGUGAAACAACUUGAAAUCUGGUUGCACCCUGUUUGCUCUCUAAAAGUGAGACCUAUGUAAUUCACGGGAAGCUGAUUCCUGUACUGCACACCCUGGCAGUGUGACGGUCGGUCGGUCGGUCGGCCACUGCUGCCUGACUGUCUUCCCACUGCACACCCUGGCAGUGUGACGGUCGGUUGGUCGGCCGGCCACUGCUGCCUCUGCCUGUCUUCCCAGACACCCUCACAGUUAGGUGAACAUGUGUUCCACUUCACACCCUACCUGCACAGGCGCUGUGGUCAUUUUUGGUAUGGACUAAAUGGUAUAGAUUUGUUAGUGUGUCAGGGGCAAUAGGCAGUAAUCAAAACAUCGUGCUGUUUGAUCUUUUCUAUGUGUGAUGCUUACGGCAUGAAGACUUUUGUAUUGAAUCAAGAUUUGUAUAUUUGACAAGUUCUAAAAUGCCAUAGUGAUUGUUCUUCAGCCGCCACUAAGAAAAUUCAAAGUUAAAUUUUUAAUUUACAGAAAAGUUCUCUUUUUAUCUUCAGAAUUGCCUCAUGGUCUAUUUAUACAUUGGAUGAUAUUUAUUUAAUCCAGUUUUGUAUUAGAAAUGGAUAGUUAUGCCAAAAGCCAUUGUGCUGGCUUUUAAAACAAUAAAAAUAGUUUUUGUAUUAUUUUAAAA